AUGGCCAACACGCGUCGAACACCCAACUUCCCCACGCGCACACCAGGCGGCCACGACCGACCAGGCAGCAGAGAUGCAGAUAGAGAGGAGAUAUGGAAGCCCAUGCUGGACAACAUCUCGAGCGGAAAGCGACUACCAGAGAAAAGCCUCCUAGUACUGGGCGGAACACCAGAAACACAGCGAGAGUUUCUUGAGUCAGUAUCGACGGACACGGCAAACAACCGGAGACCGCCAGACCGAGGCCGGAAGCCGCCAAUUGCCAAUCAGUUUGCCCUAGGAUACACGUAUCAAGAUGUCCUGGAUACGGAUCAUGAGGAUACACUUGCUCGCCUUUCGCUCUAUCUGCUGGCAAACCCCUCGCCCUCCUUCACCCCGCUCAUCAAGCCCUACCUAAACCCCCGAACCCUGCCGCACAUGCUCAUCGUCAUACUACUGGACUGGAACCACCCAUGGCUAUGGAUCCGCCAACUUCGCGAUUGGAUCCGUGUGCUGCGAUCGCUUAUUGUCUCACUCGAUGACGCUUCCAAGGUGGCCCUGGAGGAGAAUAUUCAAACAUUACAAGACAAAGGGCGCAACCUGACAACCGAAGGGAGCAGCAUGGAGAAUGUGAAGAUACCGCUAGGACCUGGAGAAUGGGACGAACCACUUGGUGUGCCCCUGUGUGUUGUCUGUCAGAACGCCGACAAGAUUGAGACGCUUGAGAAGGAGCGGGGAUGGAAAGAGGAGGAGUUUGAUUUCAUACUCCAGUAUAUGCGUACUAUCCUUCUCAAGCACGGUUCAAGCUUGGUAUAUACUAUGCCCACAGCACCAGGCUCAUUACGGACCCUCAUUCAUUCCACCCUUGGCAUCAAGUCGUUACUCCAGCAAGAGCAACUGCGACACAACGUGACAGAUCGCGAUCGGGUACUGGUACCCCCCAACUGGGAUUCAUGGGCCAAAAUUCGUAUCCUGCGAGAAGGAUUCGAUGUCGAAGGCAUCAGCGAGAAGUGGAGCGUCGAUAUUGAUAUUCCUCAGCAUCUGCGACCAACCACUGCCCAGUCACCAGCGCCUGUAGAAGAUGAAGCUCAGACAAAUGGCGCAACAACACCUGUUGCAGAAGAGGAGGACGAAUCUUCAGCAACUGCAUACUACGAACAAACGAUACGUAACCCGGAAUCCGACUACGCCCUGUCUAGCCUGUCGAAACAAGCCAAUGGACUCGAGGUGACAAGCAAAGAUCCACAAGCCUUCCUCGCUGAGCAGGUCAAUGUCCUGGAACAUCUGAGACGAGAAGAUGAAAACGAAGCUGCCCUGAAAGCUGCGCGCAAAGAACAAGAUGCGUCAACUAGCAGGACCUGGACCGAAGAAGCUUCAGGGGUGGUCGAAGAGCACAUUGGACCUAUUCAGUUCAACAUGGGUGGUAUUCAAGUAAAUGCCGAUGAAAUGGUGAAGAGGCUGCAGGACCGACAAACAAACCGACAAGACGAGCCAGAGACUCCACCCGCGAAAGCGCAAGAUACCAACAUCAACGACAACGAGAAACUUCGGUCGUUCUUCUCAAGUCUAGUCAACAAGACACCUUCAAGCACUCCACGGGGUUGA